AUGGGGUCUGCCCAAGAUGGAUGCCAAUCUCUCACUUCCAGCCUCUUUGCUUCUUUCCACUUCAGCACCCUGAUAGGCCUCAGCUGCCUCUUCUUUACAUUCCCGUGCAGCUGGCUGGCCCUCCAUGUGUCCUGGGCCUUCCCCGUCAUCUGCGGCCUCCUCUUCAUCCCAACCAUUAUCUACUUCCUCCUCACCAGUUUCACAGACACAGGAAUCCUCCACAAAGGCAUUGAAGAAGAGCUGGUGAACCAGGCCUUCACGAUGAAAGACCUCAACCAGCACUGGUGCAACAAAUGCCAGCUCUACUGCCUGCAGCACACCUUCCACUGCUCCUGGUGCAACACCUGUGUGGAGGAAUUCGACCACCACUGCAUGUGGGUCAACAACUGCAUCGGCUGCCACAACCUCCGCUUCUUCAUCUUCUUUGUGGUCUUCCUGAGCGGCUACGACCUUGCGGUGCUGGCUUCCUGCCUGGUCUACCUGGCAUUCAACUCCCAGCAGGCUUUCAGCGUGGAGAAAAUCUGCACAGUGCUGGUGACCAUCCCCACAGCAUUCUACCUGGUGCCUCUGCUCCUCCUAGUUUGCACCCAGAUCAGCUACAUCUUAACUGCUCAUCACAGCUGCAAAUUCCAGCAAGCAGGGAGACUGCCUGGAAGAGCUCUCAAGUCAGAAAAUAGUCCCUCCCGCCAUACAACCCAGUUUCAUCUCUGCACCGCCCUCCUUUCCUGCUCUUCUUGCAGGUACAGAGUGAGGUCCUCCACAGCGAUGGCCCUGGGGGCCGCCGAGGCCGCCGAGCUCUGCCACGUCCCCUGGGUCUCCACCACUGGUUCGGCCGUCCCCGGCUCCUGCCCUCACAGCUGCUCCCAAGACCUGUCCCGCCAGCAGAAGGUGCUCAAGGCUUGGCGCCACUUCCUGUCCGCCGUUGGGAGCCUUCUGCACCGAGAGGGUCCCAGGCUGGGAGGAGCGUCGGUGGAAAAGCCAGAGAAGCAGCUUGGCAAGAAGAAAUCCAGCUGGCAAAUGAACAGCCAAGAGAGGAUGGUGGAAAUCCCAAUUCCCGACAUGCUGGAUUCUGUGGAGCUUCUGGAUCCGGACCCAGACCUGCACUGGAAAUGCCAGAUCCACGGGAGCCGGCGACCUGCUUCCUCUCCCACGGCCACCCUCCUCUCCGUGUCCGAUAUCUGA